AUGAUGAGCGAUGCGUCUUCUUACGACAAGGACACUGGCUAUUACAGAGGAACACCACCACCCGAUAUAAGCGCUGAGAUGCCAGCCUCGCAUCAAGGAGCGCAACAGCAACCAGGUCUCAUUCAUGUGCCGUGGGACGACGACAACUUUUCCUUGUGUCUUGAUACGUUUCCUUCGUCUCGUCUUGCUCGAACAAAGUACAAUCAGUAUCCAACGACAGCCUCACCCUUGCGAAAACAGUGGGGCGCUUCUUCCAAUUGCUCAUCCGAGCAUGUAUGUAUGGAUGGUGACGAAGAUGAAAAUGCGAUGCGAGCUUGUUUGAAUGAUACGCCCCUGCCAGGCCUGUUGGACAAUGUCACCCCAAAAAAGCUUAGUAGAGCCACUUCCAACACGACGUCCACUCCUACUGCUACUCUCAGUAGAGCAGCCUCCAAACGAGACAUGGUUGCUGGUGGUAUUUUUCCUUACAAGAACAAUGGCAAUUUCUUGACUCGCAUUGAUUCUGCAAAGGAGCCUACCAAGAUUGUUACACAGCAGUACCCUCUCCAACGCAACUCAAACAGGGUCGAGCACAUCUCGCCGUUAUCCAACUCAUCCAUUAUCCUGCAGAAUGAGAACGACAUAUUCAACCAACGUGCUCCCUCACCAAAACCAUCAUUAUCGCAUAGAUCCUCCAAUUCAUCCGUGCACAGUAGGUUUUUCAGUCAUAGCGUACUCUCUCACCCUAUACAUCGUCGCCAUCAAGAGUAUUUUAGCUCUAACAAUAGCCAGUUCUCUGACAAUUACAGUCAGUACUCUGACAGCGGCGAAAGUUGGAAGCUUGCUCAGAAACAGCACGGUUCUCCCAUUAUUGUGAUGCCAUCGAUACCUGCUCAAUCGUAUCCUAUUGCAUCACAGCAUCAACAGUACCAUCAUCGUCUAGUUCAUCUGACCAAGAGUUCCUCCUAUUCGCAGUACAGAGAGCGUCAGCAAGAAGAUGCUGCGUCUGUAGGAUCUGCCAGUGUAAGGUAUGUUGGCGCCAGUCAACGCGAUUCAGACAUCAAUUACACGACUCCAUUACAAUACGGCAGUGGCGUUGGUUCCUCUAUUGGUUUCUAUACACCUCAAGCAUCGCCAGCACCUUCUGUUAUUUCUCGUGGUAGCGCCCAUGAAUCUGUCUCGACCUAUCGAUCCAUUGCCGUGCCUCGGAAUGCGGAUGCUCUUGUGCUCUAUACUGCUUAUGAAGAUAUCACCCAGGUGAAGAACAGAGAUUCCACUUACUCUCAGGUAUUUGAUCCUGCUUACAAUGGCAGGAGAAAGAAGAGCACCCGCAAAAAUAUGACCAGUGGUAUCUUUGCCAAGCUGAUCAAGAAUUUAAAACAACACUUUAUGAAGCCUACUACUAAACAGUAA